ACCAACCACCUCCACUUGCCAGCAUAGCUUCAGAAUGUCAAGUACCGUGUCCUAUUGGAUCUUCAAUUCUGCACGGAAUCGAAUUGCUAUCUUACAAGGGGGUAGACGCUUCUACUCAAGGGGUGCCGCAAAUAGGAACCAACCGAAAUGGAGGCUUUCUUCUCUGGCAUCACCGACUGUGAAGACCGGUACUCCGCGUGGUGGCUUUGCUCUGCAGAAAGCCUACAGACACACAUCAACCGAGGAAGAGGAUUUCCACUUACAGCUUAGCCCUGAACAGGUCAACGACAUGCUUCGCGCUGGCGAGUCAUCUCACAAGAUUCUUGACUUCAACAAAGGAGUUCCAAGUUCAGUGUUACGGUUUGAGAGCAACCAGCUGGCUGCCAAUUCCCCAGUGGAGGACCAGCAGGGUGUAGCUUCCUGCAUGCAAACCAACGGACUGAUGUUUGGCAUUUUUGACGGCCAUGGUGGCCAUGCAUGUGCCCAAGCGGUGAGCGAGAGGCUCUUCUACUACAUGGCAGUGUCCCUGAUGUCCCACCAAACCUUGGAGCAGAUGGAGGAAGCAAUGGAAAACAUGAAGCCUUUGCUGCCCAUCCUCCAGUGGCUCAAGCAUCCUGGGGAUAGUAUUUAUAAGGAUGUCACCUCCGUACACCUGGACCACCUUCGAGUCUAUUGGCAGGAACUUCUUGACUUGCAUAUGGAAAUGGGUUUGAGCAUCAAAGAAGCAUUGAUGUACUCCUUCCAGAGACUGGAUUCGGACAUCUCACUAGAAAUCCAGGCCCCCCUGGAAGAUGAGGUGACAAAGAACCUAUCCCUCCAGGUUGCUUUUUCUGGGGCAACAGCUUGCAUGGCCCAUGUCAACGGAGGUCACCUACAUGUAGCAAAUGCUGGCGACUGCCGGGCUAUCCUUGGUGUCCAGGAAGACAAUGGUGUGUGGUCCUGUUUACCUCUUACCCGGGACCACAAUGCUUGGAAUGAGGCUGAGCUAUCCCAGCUUAAGAGAGAGCACCCUGAGUCUGAGAACAGGACACUCAUCAUAGAUGAUAGGCUGCUGGGUGUCCUCAUUCCCUGCAGGGCCUUUGGGGAUGUCCAACUCAAGUGGAGUAGAGAGUUGCAGCGUAGUGUGCUAGGGAGGGGCUUUGAUACUGAGGCCCUCAACAUCUACCAGUUCACACCGCCCCACUACUACACUCCACCCUAUCUGACGGCCAAGCCGGAGGUUACAUACCAUAGGCUGAGGCCCCAAGAUAAGUUCCUCGUGCUGGCGUCAGAUGGUCUGUGGGACAUGCUGGGCAAUGAGGAUGUGGUGAGGCUGGUGGUGGGCCACCUGUCCAAGGUUGCUUGCCAUAAGCCGGACCUGGACCAAAGACCGGACAACCUGGGGCUCAUGCAGAGUCUGCUGCUGCAGCGGAAAGCCAGCGGACUCCAUGCAGCUGACCAAAAUGCAGCCACGCAUCUGAUCAGACACGCCAUCGGGAGCAACGAGUAUGGGGAGAUGGAGCCAGAGCGACUGGCCGCCAUGCUGACAUUACCAGAAGAUGUAGCCAGGAUGUAUCGGGAUGAUAUCACUGUCAUGGUGGUGUUUUUUAACUCAGAGUCAAUUGAUACAUACUCUAAGGAGGGUUAAGAGUCUCACCCUGUCUCCAAGGCUAACACAAAUACCCUUUAAAACAUUUCCACUUAGUCCUGAGUGAGCCAUUCAAACCUUAUUAAAGAAUAGGCAGAUAUAGGUUGCUGGGUGAUUGACUAACUAAAGAAAUCCAGCCUAGUGAAAAAGCAUUGGCGAUGAUUUUUGUGUCUAUGCGCACCGGUCAACUCUUUUAUGCAGCAGACAGAAUAGAGUCAAACU